CUGCUGCUGCAGUGGUCACUUCUUGAAGCCCUCUUUUGUGCAGCGCAGCGGCAGUGCACCACGCCACCACGGCUUAAAAGCGCACACCUCCUCCUCGGCGUCCUCGCCCUCGCCAUAAUUGUGCCGCGUGCGGGUCUUGUGCUCCCAUGUCCGGGCCGUAGCUAGUCUCCCUUGUCGAUUCGGUGAGUUUGGAGUCUGGGCCGGUGACUCGGUGAGGACUGAUGAGGAGGUGCUCUGCUGCAAUGGGGGUGGUGCGGAGGGAGCCCUGUUCUGUCCCCUUCCUGUGCGUGGUGGUUCUUGGGGCGGCGCUGCUGGGCGCCGCCGGCGGCGGCAUCCAAGCGUUCGAGGAGGGCACCGCGGUGUACAUCGUGACCAUGAAGCAGGCGGCGGUGUUUCACAAGCGCCUUGACAUGGAGAGGUUUGGGACCAGCAGAGCUGCCGCCGCCACCGCCGCGGUCGCAGGAGGCGGGGGCGACGAUAUUCCGGCCACCAGCAUUCUCAGGAAGCCGAGACAUGGUUCACUCAAACCUAUGAAUUAUGGCUCAUACCUAGUGCAACUUCAAAAUUCUGUCUUGAAGAAGACACUACGAGGAGAGCGCUAUACAAAGCUGUACAGUUACCACUACUUGAUUAAUGGUUUUGCAGUUGUCCUCACUCCUCAGCAGGCAGAGAAGCUAUAUAGGAGAAAAGAAGUGGUAAACGUAAUGUUGGAUUUCUCUGUUAGAACUGCAACAACAUAUACCCCCGAAUUUCUGGGCUUGCCACAAGGAGCAUGGGUUCAAGAAGGUGGUCCACAAUGUGCUGGCCAGGGUGUUGUUGUUGGCCUCAUCGAUACAGGAAUCGACCCAAAUCACCCAAGCUUUGCAGAUGACUUGACAACUGAUAGUUAUCCAGUUCCUGCUCACUACGCUGGCAGUUGUGAGGUUACAAAUGAUUUUCCAUCUGGAUCCUGCAACAGAAAGCUUGUUGGAGCUCAACAUUUUGCAGCAUCUGCAAUAACACGAGGAGUCUUCAAUGCCUCUCAAGAUCUUGCUUCACCGUCUGAUAGUGAUGGCCACGGGACCCACACAGCAUCCAUCGCGGCUGGUAAUAAUGGAAUUCCUGUUAUUGUGGCUGGGCAUCACUUUGGGAAUGCAAGCGGAAUGGCUCCUCGUGCACACAUUGCUGUCUAUAAAGCUCUGUUCAAAGGCUUCGGAGGUUUUGCUGCUGAUGUAGUGGCUGCAAUAGAUCAGGCAGCUGAAGAUAAUGUUGACAUAAUCAGCUUGUCCAUUACCCCUAAUAGAAGGCCUCCUGGAUUAGCUACGUUCUUUAAUCCAAUUGAUAUGGCACUAAUGUCAGCUGUCAAAGCUGGCAUAUUUGUUGUGCAAGCUGCAGGAAAUACUGGUCCUUCCCCUAAGAGCAUGUCUUCAUACAGUCCAUGGAUAUUUACUGUAGGUGCUUCUGCCCAUGACAGGGAGUACAAAAAUUAUGUUGUACUUGGCAACAAUUUGACCAUUCCGGGAGUUGGCCUUGCUCCUGGAACGGAUGGUGAUUCGAUGUACAAUCUAAUUGCCGCACCUCAUGCACUGGAAAAUAAUACAGCCAGUCCCACAGAAGUGUCCAUAGGGGAGUGCCAAGAUUCAAGCCACCUUGAUAAAGAUCUGAUAAGAGGAAAGAUACUGAUCUGCAGCUAUUCCAUAAGAUUUGUACUGGGCCUUUCUUCUGUGAAGCAAGCUUUAGAUACAGCAAAGAACACUAGUGCUGCAGGAGUUAUAUUCUACUUGGACCCUUUUGUCCUUGGAUUCCAGCUGAACCCAACUCCAAUGGAUGUGCCUGGACUUAUAAUACCAUCAUCUGAUGACUCUAAGGUGUUCCUAAGUUAUUACAAUGAGUCCCUUGUACGAGACGAGACAUCAAACGGAAUUGUCAGUUUUGGUGCAGUUGCAAAAAUACUAGGAGGUCUAAACCCAAAUUAUGGCAGUUCUGCACCAAAAGUAAUGUUUUAUUCUGCUAGGGGUCCUGACCCCGAGGACAACACAUUGUCCAAUGCUGAUAUCUUGAAACCAAAUCUGGUAGCACCUGGCAGUUCCAUUUGGGGUGCUUGGAGUUCGCUUGGAAUGGAUUCGGCUGAAUUUGCUGGUGAAAUUUUUGCAAUGCUGUCCGGUACAAGUAUGGCUGCACCACAUAUUGCUGGCCUUGCUGCUCUAAUCAAGCAGAAGUAUCCUUCUUUUAGCCCAGCAGCUAUAGGUUCUGCACUGUCUACUACGACAACUAUCAAUGACAAGCAAGGAAACCCAAUCAUGUCACAGCGAACAUACAGCAACCCAGACUCAACACAAACUCCAGCUACACCUUUUGACAUGGGGAAUGGCUUUGUCAAUGCUACAGCUGCUUUGGACCCUGGGCUCAUAUUUGAUUGCAGUUAUGACGAUUUCUUAUCCUUUCUGUGUGGUAUAAAUGGUUCUGCUUCAGUAGUGAUGAAUUACACUGGCAACAACUGUGGGGUCUCCAACAUGACCGGGGCAGACCUUAACCUACCUUCAAUCACCAUAGCAGUGCUCAACCAAUCGAGAACAAUAACAAGAACUGUCACCAACGUGGCGAGCGACGAGAAUUACACUGUCAGUUACAGGGCUCCUUACGGAGUGGCAGUAUCCGCAACACCAACACAGUUCUUCAUUCCCAGCGGGCAGAAGCAGCUUGUGACUUUUGUCAUGAAUGCCACCAUGAAUAACUCUUCAGCUAGCUUUGGGAAUGUUGGAUUCUACGGUGACAGAGGCCACCAGGUGAUCAUUCCGUUUUCGGUCAUCUCCAAGGCUGUAUACAGUUCCUGAUCACCGACAAGCUGGUGCUGUCUAUGGGAACAAUGACCUGACUGUUCCAGUAUAUGCAGCGGUGACUUGACUGCUUGAUGCUAGCUUGAGCAGAUUUCUUUUUAGUUCGGUUUUUGGUGUACAUUUUGAAGCAUGUCGAUGUAAGUAACAUGGGUGAGUGACCAGUAACUGUAAAGAGAAUGUACCAGAAGCAGAAAAUCCCUCUUUUCAUGAAUGAGAAUCCCUUCCGUGACAUGGUUGUAGUGCA